AGGGUGAAAUUGAUACGCAAACUUUUAAAUUGUUAAUUUAUCAUUUAUUAUGUGGGUUCCUUUCACUUAUAAAAAAAUGUAUAACAAUCGAAUCUCUACAUUCCUAAUUGACCUCUCUGCGAAAUUUCCCUUUGAAAACUAAGAGGUAUUUCAUUUGUGGAGGUUCUAAUACUACUGAUGUAUACAUAUCGAUGUUUGUACACUAACCUUUCCGACCAUGAGACACUGUGAAAGAUGCGGAUGCCGACUGUGUUCGUGUCACGAGCCGAACGAUGCUGGCCACCGAUUCGAAAUUGCGGAUACUAGCUCUACACGGAUACAGGCAAUCGGACGCGAUCUUCAGCGCUAAAUUGGGAUCGUUGAGGAAGGGAUUUAAGAAAGAGAUCGACUUCACGUUUGUAAGAUCGCCGCACAGGGUCCCAUCCCUGGAUGGGAUUAGUCAAGAGGAUGCGGAUGAUAAUGGAUACGGAUGGUGGUUUAAUACAGAGGAUCGUGUGUUUAAAGCCACGGUGCCGAGCGACUUGUGUGUAGGAUUUGACGACAGCGUAGCCGCGAUCGAGAAAGCGUUUUUAGAACACGGUCCUUUCGACGGCAUACUGGGUUUCUCGCAGGGAGCUGCUUUCGUCAGUGUACUAUGCGCAAUGAAGAAGAAGAAAAUGAUAGAAAUAGAAUUCCACUUUGCUAUUAUAAUAUCCGGAUUCAAAUCACUGUGUGCGCCGCACGCAAAGUAUUACGACGAAGAGAUAGAUAUACCUUCUUUGCAUAUUUAUGGAGAGAAUGAUCAAGUCAUUCCGACAGUAAUGGCAGAACAAAUCAGUCGUCUGUUCCCAGAUAAGAAGGAGAUACGGCACGAAGGAGGGCACUAUGUGCCGAGUAAAAAAGAUAUUUAUAGGGAUUUUAUAAUGGAAAUGUUAAGCAAAUAUAAGAACUUGAGCAGUUAACAAUGAUCUUAUUUUAUUACUGAAUUUUAUUCCACUAAUUCGGCAAGCAAUUUUAUUGCGGAGAAGAUUGAAAUGUACAUGAGUAAUAAAUAAAAUAAAAAUGCCAAAA